CUGGGAGAAGUGGAGGUGGAGUUGCGGAUGGGCUUGCCUACAGCUUGUGCGCGCAAUCGAGAGUAACUGAUGAAGUGAAACGCACCUGAAACUACACUCAGGCAGUUCCGCUUGUGCUGUCUUCGGAAAACUCAGGGACAUGGGGACCCCGGUCAGGAAAGGCUUCCACAGACAAGAGCUUAACAAGACCGCCUGGGAAGUGCCGCUCAGGUACACCGGCCUGACCCCGAUAGGAUCAGGGGCGUAUGGAAGCGUGUGUUCAGCGAUUGACCAGAAGACUGGAGAGAAAGUGGCUAUAAAGAAACUGCACCGACCCUUCCAGUCUCUAACUCAUGCUAAGCGAGCGUACCGUGAACUCCGCCUGCUCAAGCACAACAAACAGGAAAAUGUUAUUUGUUUGCUCAAUGUCUUUUCACCAGAAGACUAUUUACAUACAUUCCAGAGCUUUUACCUGGUGAUGCCGUUUGUGGAGAGAGACCUCAACCAUAUCCUGAAAAGACAGAAACUCUCUGAAAGUAUGGUGGUGUUUCUUCUUUAUCAGAUUCUCCGUGGAUUAAAGUACAUCCAUUCUGCUGGGAUUGUGCACAGGGACCUCAAACCUAGCAAUCUAGCAGUGAACCAGGACUGUGAACUGAAGAUCUUAGAUUUUGGACUAGCUCGUCCGACUGAGACAGAAAUGACGGGUUACGUCAUAACUCGCUGGUACCGACCUCCUGAGAUCAUUCUGAAUUGGAUGCACUACAGUUACUCAGUGGAUAUUUGGUCAGUGGGCUGCAUCUUGGCUGAGAUGGUCACAAGAUCGGUGAUUUUUCCUGGAUUUGACCAUUUUGAUCAAUUGAAUAAGAUCAUGAAUGUGACAGGAACACCACCACAAUCUUUUGUGGAUAAGAUGCAAAGUGAAGAGGCAAGAAACUAUGUUUGCUCUCUCACACCAAAACAGAAGAAAGAUUUCCAGCAGGUUUUUCCCACAAUGAAUAAACAAGCGGUUGAUUUGCUGGAAAAGAUGUUGCAGCUCGACCCCGAUGAGAGAAUUACUGCUUGUGAUGCAUUAGCACAUCCAUAUCUUGCUGAAUAUCAUGAUCCAGCUAAUGAGCCAGUGGCAGAACCAUAUGAUGAUUCCUUUGAAAAUCUGGACCUAAAGAUUGAAGAAUGGAAAAGCCUUCUUCACAUGGAGAUCACAACCUUUGACCCAGAAAAUCCAAGACAAAUGGCAACAUGAUGCUUUUCUAUUGUGUUUCGUGGUACUUCUAAAAUGAGAGAAUGCAAAUUCAUUUUUUAAACAUCAUAAAAACUGAAGCUGAAAUCCCUAGACUGUGUCAUUGUUGUUAAUUUGCAUUCCCUUCUUUCCUUUGUUCCACAAAGCAGCAAUUUUUCAAAUGUAACAUCAAAGUAACAUCCAGCAAAGGCACAAUGACAAGAAAUAAAACCAGUAAAUUCCAGAAAAAUAGAUUUAACCCCGACCUGCUGUGGACUAAGCUGGCAGCAUAGUGGCUUGCACUACUGCCUCACAGUGCCAGGUACCUGGGCUUAGUUCCAACCCUGGGUGACUAGCUGUGCGGAGUUUGCACAUUCUCCCUGUAUCUGCAAGGAUUUCCUCCCACAGUCCAAAGAUGUGCAGGUUAGGUGGAUUGGCCAUGCUAAAUUACCCUGUAGUGUCCGGGGAUGUGUAGGUUAGGCAGAUUAACUGUGACGGUUGCA